AAUUGUUGUUGACACGGACGAAGGUCAUCUGAGGCUAAAUCGUGUCUUCAUUGAUAUCAGUAUCACUGCGAUAAACCUUUUUUCAUACACGAGUCGCAAUUAGCUCGUUUAAGUAUUAAAAUCAAGAUAAAAAAUAGUUAUGUGGAGUUUACUUGCAUUAAAUAGUACACACUGCCAAAUCACACAUGUGGUGAAAAGAUGGAAAAGCACAAUAAGAAGGAUAGAUAAAUUGCUUAUAGCAAACAGAGGAGAGAUAGCAUGUCGUGUAUUGAGGACUGCGCGUCGCUUAGGCGUGAAAACCGUAGCUGUUUAUAGCGAAGCAGAUCAACAUGCUUUACACGUGUCUCAGGCCGAUGAAGCAUACAACAUAGGCCCUCCACCAGCAAGUCAAAGCUAUUUACGUGGAGAUAAACUUCUAGAAGUAGCACAUAAAGCAGGUUGUCAAGCCAUUCAUCCCGGCUAUGGUUUUCUUUCCGAAAAUGUUGAAUUUGCAGAAAAUUGUGAGAAAAACAACAUUAUCUUUAUCGGACCUCCAGCAUCAGCAAUACAAGAUAUGGGAAUUAAAAGCAAAUCAAAAGAAAUUAUGUCAAAAGCGGGAGUCCCUAUAAUAGAGGGUUAUCACGGCGAAGACCAAAGCAAAGCAAAAUUGAAACAAGAGGCUCAGAAAAUUGGAUAUCCGAUAAUGAUCAAAGCUGUAAGAGGUGGUGGUGGUAAAGGAAUGAGAAUAGCUAACACCGAAUCUGAAUUCGAAGAAGCUCUAGAAUCUGCUAAAAGUGAAGCUCAAAAAGCAUUUGGAGAUUCAGUAGUUCUUUUGGAGAAGUUUGUGGCUGAACCAAGGCAUGUUGAAGUUCAAGUUUUUGCAGAUUUGCAUGGGAAUGCCGUUCAUUUGUUUGAACGGGACUGUUCGGUGCAAAGGAGACAUCAAAAAAUUAUUGAAGAGGCUCCGGCGCCAGGACUAUCUGAGGAACUGAGAUCUGAACUGGGUGCUGCGGCUGUAAGGGCAGCUAAAGCUGUUGGAUACGUGGGAGCUGGAACUGUUGAGUUUAUUUUGGAUAAGAAGAGUCACAGUUUUCAUUUCAUGGAAAUGAACACGAGGUUGCAGGUAGAACAUCCUAUAACGGAAAUGAUUACAGGCACUGACUUGGUGGAGUGGCAAAUAAAAGCUGCUCGUGGCGAAAAAUUGCCUUUAAAUCAAGACCAAAUAAGUUUACGAGGUCAUUCUUUCGAAGCUCGUAUUUAUGCUGAAGAUCCCAGUGGGGGAUUUUUACCAGGAGCGGGCGUAUUAUCUUAUUUGCGUAGUCCCCCGGUAAGAGAUGAUAUCAGAAUCGAAACCGGUGUCCGUGAGGGAGACGAAGUAUCCGUUCAUUACGAUCCAAUGAUUGCUAAGUUGGUAGUUUGGGGAGAAAAUCGAGCAGAGGCGCUUUUGAAAAUGCAGACACUUUUGACGGAGUAUAAUGUCACAGGUUUACAAACAAACGUUAAUUUUCUAUUAGACCUUGCAAGACAUCCGGAAUUUAUAUCCGGAAAUGUGCACACGAAUUUUAUCAAAGAAAACAACGACAGCCUUUUUAAAACAAAAACUGCAAGUGAAACGCAGUUAAUUCAAGCAGCUCUGGGUGUAAUUUUACAAGAUGAGGUAACCGACAUACGAAAUGCAGUGAAUAGAAAAGACCAAUUUAACCCAUUCAUUGUGGAAUCUGGUUUCAGAAUUAAUCACCAAUUUAACCGUGAUAUUAAACUUGAGUUUAAAAACGAAGAGAAACUCGUGAGAGUAAAAUUUGUUGAUCAAAAUGUCUUUCAUGUUUCAUUAAAUGGAGGAAAAUCGUGGAAGAUAGUUAAUGGACAACUUAGUAGGGAAGAUGAAACAGUGACGCUGCACUGCACUAUCGAUGGCAUUAAGAAUCGUGUAAACAUUUUCAGCGACGAUAACGUUAUUGCCAUUUUUGACAAUAGUGGAAAAGUUGAGUUAGAAUUAGAAAAGGCGUCUUUUUUGACGGAAGAAGUUGAUGAUUCUGUUUCUGGAGGUAAUAAAGCUUUCGCUCCAAUGCCCGGAGUUCUGGACAAAAUUUUAGUCAACGUCGGUGACAGUGUGAAAAAAGGAGAUUCUCUGUUUGUUUUAAUUGCGAUGAAGAUGGAGUAUGUGGUUAAGGCUACAAGAGACGCUACUGUCGAAAAUAUAUUCUUUAAAGCUGGGGAUAAUGUUCAAAAAGAUGUUACGAUCUUGCAGUUUAAAGAAGAAAAUAUGUCUUAAAUAAUUCUUUAUUAUUUAAUAAAGCUUUAAACUUGA